AAUAAUUAAAAAAAUCAGCUCACAGUAACACUCAUCUUCAACCACACAAAGGUUCCUCAAAUAUUUUCCCGGAAAACAGAGGAAAAAAAGGAACCUCCUUUCUUCUUCUCCCGGGGAACAUGGGUAGCAAGAUGCUGUUCAGUUUAACAAGCCCUCGACUUUUCUCCGCCGUCUCCCGCAAACCCACAACUUCUUUCUCUUCUCCUUCGUCGUCGAGGACUCAAUGGGCUCCGCUCAGCCCUGGGAGAUCGGUUCCCUUGAGAAAAAGAUUCUUCUUGUUGCCUUCAAAAGCCACCACAGAGCAGUCAGGCCAAGCUGGAGGAGAAGACGUGGAUAGCAACAUCAUGCCGUAUUGUAGCAUCAACAAGGCUGAGAAGAAAACAAUUGGUGAAAUGGAACAAGAGUUUCUCCAAGCCAUGCAAUCGUUUUAUUACGAUGGUAAAGCGAUCAUGUCGAACGAGGAGUUUGAUAAUCUUAAAGAAGAGCUCAUGUGGGAAGGAAGCAGUGUUGUCAUGCUAAGUUCUGAUGAACAAAGAUUCUUGGAAGCUUCAAUGGCUUAUGUUUCUGGGAAUCCAAUCCUCAAUGAUCAAGAAUUUGAUCAGCUCAAACUCAAACUAAAGAUGGAUGGUAGCGAGAUUGUGUGCGAGGGUCCAAGAUGCAGUCUCCGUAGUAAAAAGGUGUAUAGUGAUCUCGCUGUAGAUUACUUCAAAAUGCUCUUGCUCAAUGUUCCAGCAAGCGUUGUUGCUCUAGGACUGUUUUUCUUCUUGGACGACAUUACAGGUUUUGAGAUCACAUACAUAUUGGAGCUUUCAGAGCCAUUUAGUUUCAUAUUCACGUGGUUCGCUGCCGUGCCUCUGAUCGUAUACCUGGCUUCAUCAAUCACCAAACUCAUCAUCAAAGACUUCUUGAUCUUGAAGGGUCCUUGUCCAAAUUGUGGAACGGAGAAUGUUUCCUUCUUUGGAACAAUUCUUUCAAUCUCCAGCGGUGGCAAAACCAACAAUGUCAAAUGCACCAACUGUGGUACCGCGAUGGAGUAUGACUCUGGUUCUAGGUUGAUCACAUUGCCAGAAGCAAGCUAAAGCUUGAACCCUGUGAGAUGAAGAUGGAGAAAAGAAGAAUGGGUUUUGUCAGAAGCAAAAAUGGAUUUGAUGCUGUAUAUUUAAGAUCUUCCAUGUUAGCUCUCUAUCUCCUUCACAUGUUUUCUGAUUUGUAAGUACUGUGUAUGCAAUAAGGGAAAAUAUUUUAAUGAAUACAUCUUCACCAACCUUUCAAUCA